CGGAGUGUGUUUGUGCAUGUGCGCACAUUCACUAGUGAACUACAGAAUGUGUGUCAAGGUGAAACUAAGCUGAUAAGAGCCCCCCCACCCCCCACCCCCCAUCCCCAUCCCUCCAGGGGGAGGCACCACUCAGGGACAGACGGAAGGAGCAGCGAGGGAUCGGCUAUCCAGGAGAAAUGUUUCGCUCCUCGCUUCCUUCAGAUCCCCCCGGACCUCACAGUCGAGGAGGGACGAUUCUGCAGGAUUGACUUCAAGGUUAGCGGUCUCCCAGCUCCAGACAUCUCCUGGUUCCUGGAUGGGAAAGCCAUUCGUCCAGAUGACUACCACAAGAUGUUGGUGUGCGAGAAAGGAAUGCACUCCUUCAUCAUAGAGAUUGUCACGGUGCAUCAUGCUGGUGUGUACGAGUGUGUGGCCAGGAAUCGCGGUGGGGAGAGCAGGUUCACCAUGAGACUCGAAGUUUUAGCUCAGGAAGCUCUCCGUCCUCCCACCUUCAUCCAGAAGAUGUUGAACACCAGAGCUCUAGAGGGGGACACCGUGAGGUUGGAGUGCAAGGUGGAUGCAUCGCCUCCCCCUCAGCUCUUCUGGAAGAAAGAUAAAGACAUGCUGCGGAUCGACCCCAACAGGAUGAGCCUGUACCAGGACGGCUCAGGUCGACAGUGCCUUCUGAUUGAGAGGCUGAUGAAGUCCGAUGCUGGUUGGUACACGCUGUCCGCCAUCAACGAAGCCGGCAUGUCCACGUGCAACGCCAGGCUGGAUGUUGGCACUCCAGCUAUGAAGACGGCCCCACCCGCAUCCAAGACCUUGAAGCUGCUGUCGUCUCUGUCCCACGUCCCUGCCCUGACGGAGGAGAGCCCGGCCCAGCACACGGCCCCGCUGUACGAGAGUGAGGAGCUGUAAUGGAACCGUGGUACUGCGGGUCCAUGACAGACGAGGACUUCACUAAAGCUUCAAUCUCUGCACAAAACAGAGCAGCUCUGCCAAAGAUGACCUGUGAUAUUAGGAUGUAUCACUAACGGGAUGUGGAGACAUGUUGAUGCUGCGGUUCAUCUCCACUGUGUUCUGCUCUAUCUCUAGGUCUCUGCUGUGAGUGAUGUAGAGAUAGCUCCAGCUCUUCUCAAACAUAAACCUCCCCUGUAGACCACUGUUGCGUGUUUAAGUGAAAACUGAACCUAGAUUUGGUCCUUUCCUGCUCUUGAACCAGUCCUGCAUGCUCUGGAGUAGUCCUCCCAUGCCCCCCCCCCCCCACACCCUCCCACCCACCCACCCACACACACACACCCCGCGUCUGUAUUUUCCAAGAACAAGAAGUUAGCUGCUCUGCUAAAGUUAGGAGUGUAUGAAACAUUUUAUUUAUAGUUAUCAGUGUCAAGCCCUGCAGCGAGCUGCUGCUAGAAGACUGAUGCUGGACCUGCUCUCGGAGCAAACAUCUACAUUGCUGAAACAUCUGAACCUAAGAAGAAUCACCACAUCCCUGUUGCACUGCCCGUUUUUGGUUACAGGCAUCUGUUUGUCAGGCUAAAGGCUAAUUAUUUAAAGAUUUGUGACAAUUUCUUAUAUUGAAGUGCUUAUUGCCAGCCAGGAGCUACUUUCACUAAUAAACCUUUGUUUUUACCUGGAUCUGGUGUUCACUCUGCUCUUCCUUUAUUAAACUUUACACGAGGAUCUCGAGAGGUGAAGUGGUUUUAUGGGUCAGAAAGUGGAUGAAGUGCCGUUUGCAUCAGACUGGUUUGGAAAUAUGAGAUUUUAAAUGACAAGCAGAAACGUGUGUGAAAGUGCUGUUUGUUGUGCAAGAAGUUCUAGAUAUAUCAGUGGAUGAAUCAGAAAUAAAGUGAAACCCUGA